AUGAGACCCUUGACAGGAGAAGCAGUAGCUGCUUCGUCCCAUGAAAUGCACAAUCAAUAUGGAGCCACGGAUGAAUUUCUAAAGGAGGCCAACUGGAUCAACAAUGUACACAUGGAUGAAGGGCGGUGUGUUCUUACAUAUAUGUGGGGAGACUUGUUCCGCAGAUCCAAUGCCGAGGGAAGUAUUCUUCAUGACAAACUAGGCAAAAAGGGAAUGGAGGCCCCUUACUUGAGCAGCCACUAUUCAAAUAGAGGACCCAACAGCCGUUAUUCCAAUGGCAUUUUGGGAGGGGAACGAGGAAGUAAAAUGAUGACGAACAGCGCAGCAAGGAACCAUGUGGGGAACUCUGAAAGAAGAGCACCAUUGCCGGAACAGCAUAUUGCCAACAGAGAAAUAAGUAAGCAGCUCCUGGUAAACUCUGAAAGAAUACCACCUCAGCCCGAACUGCAUACUCCCAGCAGAGUAACGUUGGACGAAGAGAGCAAGAUUGCAGUCUAA